AUGGUGUUUCCAGAAUUGGACCCUGAAUUCUCCUUCUGCGCCGACUUCCGAUUCCGCAUCGAUCCAAGAAGAACACGCACACACGAUCAACUCGACUUUCCUCCCGUCCUCUACCCUCACCAUCCAGCAACAAAGAUGUCGCCAUCAACCACAUCAACAUCGACGCAGUUAGACCCCACUUCAUCUCAGAAUGUCUCUCCCCCUCCAUUCUGGGAGGCUCUGUUCUCCUCGAUCUUUACUCCUGAAUACAACACCGUCGCACAAAAGAUCAUGAACUUCUCCUUCUACGGUCUCUUUCUCGUCCUCACCAUCCUCGUCUUUCUUACCAACUACAACCCGCAUGUCAUCGCACUGCUCACCAUGGCCGUCGGACUGUGGAUGAGUGUCAACUGGUUCAUGAAAGAGCUGGCGAAGCUACCAGCUAGCAGCAAGGAGGUUCAGCAGAUGCCGGCCGCCGAAGAGAGCAAGAAGGACUUGUAG